AAUAGGAUCAAAGUAAUAGUUUUGAAUCAGGACCUCCAGUAUUUGGAUCAAUUAGCUAUAGGUGAAAACUGAGGAGCGCUAAAGCUAUUAUUCCAAUGUGUCACAUACACAUUUAUUUAAAUUAAGGUAAAUGUAAGUAUCAGAUCAGACUCUGUUUCAGAUACAUAAGAGGACUCAGAUUUGGAUCAGGGCCAAGAAAACCUCAUCAUCUCUUUUUAGACCUGUUUACAAAAUGACCCUCUGUGUUCUUCACCAGUACCAACGGACUUCUGACGAACAAAGUUUUGUUUUUUGUUGCAACAACAUUUUCAGUAUUAUUGAUGGACAUUAUUCUCUUUCAGUGUCAAACAGCAAGAGAAUUGCCGUCCUGGGAAAAACUGGAGUUGGGAAAAGCAGCCUGGCUAACACCAUAUUUGGAGAGCAACGGUUCAAGAUCGGACACACUGUGAACUCUGAAACAAGAAAAUGUCAAGCAGAAACUAAAUCUGUCAAUGGAGGAAACAUCACUUUGAUUGACACUCCUGGUUUCUUCGACACAAAUCGAUCUGAGGAGGAGCUGAAGUCUGAAAUAGUGAGGUGCAUCACAGAGUUCGCUCCUGGGCCUCAUGCCUUUCUCAUUGUGCUCAAAGUGGAGAGAUUCACCGAGCAGGAGCAGGCUGUCGUCACUAAAAUAGAUCAAUACUUUUCUGAAGAAGUUUUACAGUUUGCGACAGUUCUCUUUACUCAUGGUGACCAGCUCCCUGAAGGAGAGACCAUUGAGGAAUUCAUCCAUGAUAAUAAGCUUGUGAGUGAUCUGGUGACAAAGUGUGGAGGCCGCUGCCACGUCAUUGAUAAUAAAUACUGGAAGAACAACCAGCAGGAUGAAUACAGGAACAACCAGUUCCAGGUGAAGGAGCUCCUCAAGACCAUAGAUAAGAUGGUUGAGGAAAACGAAGGAAGAUGCUACACCAAUGAGAUGCUACAAGCAGUGGAGGAAAGAAUAAGGCAGGAGAUGCAACUCAUUAAACAGACAGCAGGAAACAUGUCAGAGGGAGAGAUCAGAGAGGAGGCGAAAGAGAACGUAUUUACGUGGCUUUGGAGCAAAGUGUCUGGUUUCUUAUCAAGUGCAUUGUGGGGAGCCUUUUUGGGUCUAUCAGAGAUGGUGAAAGAUGUUAUCACAGCUUUAACAGGAGGAGGUGGAAUGGCAAAAAUCACAGUGGGAAGGGCAGUUGGUGCUGCUCUAGGAGGAGCGCUGCAAGGAGCUAUUAAAGGACACAAUGCAUCUGAGGGAGCAAACUCACCAGGCGAAGCAGCAACGAAGGCAGCAAACGCUUUCAUGAAGUAAUACAAUCAGUAUCAAAAGCAAAUGAUAAUACAGUCAGAGAUGAAACAGAGAAUCAAAACCAAUAAUCAGACGUUACUCUUAAAGACGGGAGAGAUAAUUUAUCAUUAGAAAGUCGCACCUCUCUUUAAAUAACAUGAAAUAUUUAACCAUUGAGAUGAUCACGUUUAAUCAUAUAUAAUAUGUAAUUCAAACUUUAUUCGCUUAUUCCGGUUUCACAAGCAGUUUAUUUGUAUCUUUAUUCACCGUACAUAUCUACUUACACUCACCUGUCCUUCAGAUUUCAUAUUGUACACACAUGUCUGAUCCAUAUAGUUUAUAAACAGAGUGACCCUGUGGUACUGCUUUGUACUGCAGGUGAACUGUGAUGCUAUCUAACACCUCUACUUCCUAAAGGAGACAGAAGCCAGACCAUAAAGCGUAACAGCAACAUUCUGUGGUUUGGGCAUCUGUCUUAUUGGGUUUUAUUUACUAAUAUGAAAGCAUGGCUUUUGAAAACUAUAGUACAGCCAUAGGAAGUGUGAUCUUAAAGUGUAAUUGACUUUUUAUUCAUGUGAUUUAUCCUGCUUUAAUUGUAUUUCUCUUUGAUGAUUUACAAUGUCUUUCUUUUUAUUGUGCUUAGAGUGUGUCAUAUAUCACUAUAUUGUUGACAUAUAAUCUGAUACUAUGUAGUGUUUAAUAAUUGCAUGACAGCCUUAAUGUGUUUUUCUUUCAUGUGUCAAUAUGUAAUCACAUGUGCUUCUUUGUUGACUCAAUGUAACCAUUUAUCUUCCUUUAAUCACAAAAAAAACAAAUAAAACUGGUUUGUAUUCUGUACGUUCCAACCAAA